CUAAUCACAGCUGAGGCGCGCGGGGCCUGUCGGGAGGACGCCGGAGCCAACAUUGAGCCCUCGGUGGGGCGAGUGUGAAAGCGCUGUUGCUGGCUGCUCAUACGCUCCCGCCCCAUCAUGUUGGUGCACUUAUUUCGGGUUGGGAUUCGGGGUGGCCCUGCGCCAGGCAGGCCGCUGCUGCUCCGGCUGCAGACAUUCACGGCCGUCAGGCACUCCGAUGGCCACCACAGCUCCAACCUCCUCAGGUCCGUGGCCCGACUCCGGUCCCAGCUCCAGCCCCGCCUUCCCCGGGCUCCCCCAGCUCCCAGCCGAAGCCCUCUGUCUGCCUGGCACUGGGUUGGGGGCAUACUGCUAGGCCCUGUGGUGCUAAGGAAGUGCUCCCACCUCUGCCUUGUGGCCCGGUGUGAGGCAGAAGAGGCCCCUCCUGUCAGCUCCAGACCCUAUGUUGAGGAGUCCCACUUUAACUGGAAGCUCUUCUGGCAGUUUCUACGCCCCCACCUGCUGGUCCUGGGAGUAGCCAUUGUGCUGGCAUUGGGAGCAGCACUGGUGAAUGUGCAGAUCCCCCUGCUACUGGGCCAGUUGGUAGAGAUCGUGGCCAAGUACACAAGGGAACACGCGGGGAGCUUCAUGACAGAGUCCCGGAGCCUGGGCACCCGGCUGCUGCUUCUCUAUGGCAUCCAGGGGCUGCUGACCUUCGGGUACUUGGUGCUGCUGUCCCGCAUUGGCGAGCGCAUGGCCGUGGACAUGCGAAGGACCCUCUUCUGCUCCCUGCUCCGACAAGACAUUGCUUUCUUCGAUGCUAAAAAGACAGGGCAGCUGGUGAGCCGAUUGACAACUGACGUGCAGGAGUUUAAGUCAUCCUUCAAACUUGUCAUCUCCCAGGGGCUUCGGAGCUGUACCCAGGUGGCUGGCUGCCUGGUGUCCCUGUCCAUGCUGUCCACACGCCUCACGCUGCUGCUGAUGGUGGCCACACCCACCCUAAUGGGAGUCGGCACCCUGAUGGGCUCCGCUCUCCGAAAAUUGUCUCGCCAGUCUCAGGAGCAGAUUGCCAGGGCAACAGGUGUAGCAGAUGAGGCACUGGGCAAUGUUCGCACUGUGAGAGCCUUCGCCAUGGAGCAACGGGAAGAGGAACGCUAUGGAGCAGAGCUGGAAGCAUCCUGCUGUAAGGCAGAGGAGCUGGGCAGAGGCAUUGCCUUAUUCCAGGGGCUUUCUAACAUUGCAUUCAACUGCAUGGUCCUGGGCACCCUUUUCAUUGGGGGCUCCCUCGUGGCUGGACAGGAGUUGACAGGGGGAGACCUCAUGUCCUUCCUGGUGGCCUCCCAGACAGUACAGAGGUCCAUGGCCAACCUCUCUAUUCUGUUUGGUCAGGUGGUACGGGGGCUCAGCGCGGGGGCCCGUGUCUUCGAGUACAUGACUCUGAGCCCAUGCAUCCCCUUGACUGGGGGCUGCUGCAUCCCCAAGGAGGAUCUCCACGGGACCAUCACAUUUCAGAACGUUGGCUUCAGCUACCCCUGCCGCCCUGGCUUUGAGGUGCUCAAAGAUUUCACCCUGACACUGCCCCCUGGCAAGACUGUGGCCCUGGUGGGCCAGUCUGGGGGAGGAAAGACCACCGUGGCCUCCCUGCUAGAGCGCUUCUACGACCCCACAGCAGGGGUGGUGCUGCUGGAUGGGCGGGACCUUCGCACUCUGGAUCCGUCCUGGCUCCGGGGCCAGGUCAUCGGCUUCAUCAGCCAGGAGCCAGUGCUGUUCGGAACAACCAUCAUGGAGAACAUCCGCUUUGGGAAGCUGGAAGCCUCCGAUGAAGAGGUAUAUGCGGCUGCCCGGGAGGCCAAUGCCCACGACUUCAUCACCAGCUUCCCGGAUGGCUAUGGCACCGUUGUGGGCGAGCGGGGUGCUGCCCUGUCUGGUGGCCAGAAGCAGCGCCUGGCGAUUGCCCGAGCCCUUAUCAAGCAGCCCACGGUGCUGAUCAUGGAUGAGGCCACCAGCGCACUGGACACAGAGUCAGAGCAGGUUGUGCAGGAGGCCCUGGACCGGGCCAGCGCGGGUCGCACCGUGCUGAUUAUUGCCCACCGACUCAGCACCGUGCGUGGGGCCCACCGCAUCAUUGUCAUGGCCGACGGCCGGGUCUGGGAGGCUGGGACCCAUGAAGAGCUCCUGAAGAAGCGUGGGCUCUAUGCCGAGCUUAUCCGGAGACAGGCCCUGGAUUCUCCGCUGACAUCCACCCCACCCCUGGAGAAGCCAAAAGGUCCCAGGAACCGCCACCCAGAGGCCUGAGAAUGAGCAGCAGCAGCAGCGGCCGUGAUCUUGACAGCUGAGCAACAGUGCUGGGCUGGUGGGACCGGCCAGCCUAGAGCAAAGCCACACUGGAGACUGAGCAUCCAUUCACUCCACCUGCUCACAAUAAAACCUGGUGGGCGGCUGGGCUGGGGCGGUUGGGAUCGCUCCUAUCCACUCCCUUCCUGCUGCCAGGCUCCUUUCCCCCACCAGAGCCCUGAGCCAUCAUUGUUCUGCAGAGGAGUGGAGUCAGGGUCUCCUGAGUUUCCUGGGGUCCUGGUCCAGCCCCUCCCUGUUCUUUCUUGGCGCAAACCCUCUCAGCAGCACUGCUGAGCUUCCUCCCUCUCCCUGUCAGGCUAAAGACAUCAGGGCCCCACCUCCAGGGGGGUUUUAAAAGUCAGGACCUGGGAGUUAAACCUAGGGUGUUUCUGCACCACAAGUCCACCCUGGCUAGGACCUCAUUGUCCCACACUAGGGACUGACUCCCUGACACCCUCCAGCCGCUCAGCAUGUAACUUCCCUCUGCUCCAUUAGCACAGCCUUAUUUCUAGAGUUCACCCUCCGCCUACCCCCAGACCAGUGAGAACUGCUGCAGCCUCAGUCCCCCUGCCCCCCAAGCCCUAUUAGACACUCUCAGUCCACCCCUGCCCGAGGCACCUCACCUCUCCUGGUGAGGUUGUAGGCGAGCCUCCCCUCUACACUGAGAGAACCCAGCUCUGAAGCAAACAGGAGGACCAGAUGCACCCUGCAAACUCAGCCCUGUGGGGCAUAUGGUGCUCACAAGUGCAGACAAAUGGAGCGAUUCAUGCCCACACCCUCGGUGCUGGACACAAGUAGCAUCGAGAAAGAGCAGUCACUGCCAGGCUGCCUCCCCAGAAUGGUCAGGGAGGGCUCUGGAGUGGGCAGGGAGACAGCCCUAGUGUCAUAUGCCUCUGUCCUGAGCUGUGGGUGAGGCUGUGGCUGGGCUUCAGGCUGCUUCUGAGAGGACCCAAAGGGUACAGUGGAAGGCCCGACGUGGGGCAGCUUCAUGUGCCUGUGCACCAGCAGAGCACCAGCCUCCUCGUUUGCCCCAGCUGCCUUUCCUGCUUGGCUCUGGUCAUGUCACCUUCCACUGGGAAGCAUUGGCCAAUUCAGAGCCACUUUCCAUGCAUGGCACAGUGAUUAAGAACUCAGCUGUUAACCAAAAGGUUGGCAGUUCGAAUCCACCAGCCGCUCUUUGGAAACCCUACGGGGCAGUUCCACUCUGUCCUGUAGGGUCACUGUGAGUCGAAAUCGACUGGAUGGCAAUGGAUCGGGUUUCCAUGUGAAUGACCAUGCUAUGCCCUGGCUCCCAGGGUAGUGGGAGAGGGAUUGCCUGUGCCAGCCAAGGAUGUUAGGUUUUGUCCUGUGGCGAAAGAAGGGCACAGCCAUGUUUUGGGGAAGCUGGUCUGGCAGUGGUGUGCUGGACAGAGCAGGGACUGCUGGGGACUGGGAGGCCAGCCUGAAAGAGGUGGCAGUGGCAGCUCGGCUGUGAGUGCUACAGCUGGAGGGAGAGUCUCAGUUUCUGGGACUAGGUAUGGUUUAGAUGCUACUUUGGGACCAAACCACAGAGAAUCUUCCGGGGCCACACCCCCAAGUCUGUUAUCCUGCUUCUGGAUCGAUGAGAGGUUGCCCAGGGAGUAGAGCUUGGGACUGGCUUUGAUUGCAUUUCUACUAAACACCUCCUUGUUGGCCGCCAAGGCAGGGCCUCCAAGCUUCCUGGCCAAGUCAGCAGGCCCUGCCUGGUGGGAGGGGCCCUGGGGGGGUGUCUGCCUCUCCCCCCGCCCCCCCCCCCACCAGCUAGCUCCCACUGUGCAGGAUGCCUGGCACCAGAUCCCAGGUCUCUCCUUACAUCUUGGGGGAGGGGGGUGGGACAAACGCUAUUUCGCCACCCACCAGGGAAGUAGCAAAAUUCCAUGGGAAGUCUCGCACUGGAAGGGCAGCGCCAGCUCUCUGGGCUCUUGCUGUGUAACCUUAACCUCUCAAUCUUGGCUCCUCCUGGCUCUUCAGUAGAGAUAAUCCUGGCUGUACCUAAUCUUGAAAGUUUGUUUUAGGAAUGUAAAUAGGAUAAUCUACAUGAGAGCACUUUAAAAAAUCACGAUGCUACAGCCUUGGAAGGUGGUCAGGUCUGCAUGAUAAACCAUGCUAUUCACUCAUUCCUUUAAACAUAUUAAGCACCUGUUGUGUACCUUGGAACCUACAAGGGGGACUGAGGCACACCCUGGCCCCAUGCAGCACAAGCGCUUGUGACAGAGGGAUAAGGCUCUGUUAUGGAACCAUGCUGUUUCUUCCACUCAAGGUCAAAAGCCCAUCAAAAUGAGCCUGGCUGCCUCAAAUGUUUUUUGGAGGAGAUGGAGUAGAAAUAAAUUUCAGCAAAUAAAUAAAUGGA